AUGAAGCGAAGAAGCACUGUGAGUGGCAAGAAGCAGAUGAUCAUACCGAAUUGCACUCCUUUGCAGCAGAAUUCUUCUCUCUCCAGCAGUACCCUCAAUAAUCAGAAGCGUUCACAACAGGAGGCACUGCUGCUAGCCUUGCUUUCAAACUCAGCGCAGAUAGGAAUUUUGGCUUCCAUACUUCUCCUCAUUAUUUGCUGGCUCAUCCGAGACAGCCUUAAGGUGAAAGACCUGAAUGGAAAGCACGUCUUCAUAACUGGAUGUGACAGUGGGUUUGGAAACUUGCUGGCUAAACAGCUUGACCGAAGGGGAUUCCAUGUCAUUGCCGCGUGUCUAACAGAAAAUGGAAGCCGAGAACUACUAGCCUGCACAUCCAUCUCACUGAAGACUGUGAUACUGAACUUAACUGACUCCAGCAGCAUUGACAAUGCAGUGGAGUUUGUGAAACAAGAGACAGAUGGGGAGGGCCUCUUUGGUUUGGUAAAUAAUGCUGGAAGAGCAACGCCGAUGGCACCCACCGACUGGAUGCAGAUAGAUGAUUUCCACACAAUUACGGAUGUUAAUCUGAUGGGGUUGAUUGAAAUCACCCUGAAGCUUCUCCCGCUUUUGAAGAAGGCUAAAGGAAGAGUAGUCAACAUUGCCAGUGUUUUGGGUCGCUUGGCGUUUUUAGGUGGUGGCUACUGUUUGUCAAAGUGGGGCGUGGAAGCUUUCUCGGACAUUUUACGGAGAGACAUGCAGCAUUUUGGAGUGAAGGUGAGCAUAAUUGAGCCAGGAUGCUUUAAGACUGCAGUUACUAACUCAGAGGUCAUUGAGAGAGACCUACUAAGACUUUGGAACCAACUAACUCCUGAGGUCAGAGAAUCCUAUGGAGAUAAAUACUUUGUUGAGUAUGUCAGAGCUCAAAGAUUUUCAAUGAAAAGAUUGUGCGACUCUGAUAUUUCUAAAGUCAUAAAAUGCAUGGAGCAUGCCUUGAUAGCAAAAUACCCCAGGACACGCUAUGGAUCUGGAUGGGAUGCAAAGUUCUUUUGGCUGCCCCUCUCCUAUGCACCAACCCUUCUAUCUGAUAUGAUGUUGCGUAUGCUGCUUCCAGCUCCAACAGUCAGUAGGAAAUCAGCAUCCUGUGUUCCACUUGAUGUUUAAUAUUUGGUACUCUAGGGUCAAGGCUAAAGUGGUGAUUGUUAUUCUUUUCAAAAUCAGCUAUUCUCUUUCCUACCUAUAACUACCUGACUGAUUUAAUUCUCUUCAGAAAGCACUUUGAUUUUUAUUGAGUUUCAGUCUGGAGAAAGUUUUUGUUAUAUUCAUCAGAGAUAUAUUUGCAGUAUAACAUUCACCUGCAGAGCUGGUCAAAUAGUAUUUAUCAGAUAACAAGUUUGGUGACUUUGGACCUUUUAUUUCCCGAAUCAGUCCUCCUAUAUGCAAAUCUAUUCUGCUCUUAAAGUCCAAACGUCAGCCUAUGAAUUAUAUGAUGUUGGUAUGCAAAGUGCAACAUUGUUAAUCCAUAUAUUCUAGUGGGUAGAAUACACAUGUUCUUUAAGAACACAUUUACUCAAGAACUGAUACAUCUAUUCAUGUUGAAUAUGGGUAUUUGACUGAAUCAUGCCACUGAAUUUAACAAAGCUGUGAACCUAAAGGCUUAAACUUGAUCAAAUCAAAGUAAACCCCUAGCGUUUGAAAAAUAUCCACAAAACGUUAGUUCCAGUGCUCAACUACAUCUAUGUGCCUAUUUACCAUUCAAUAGGCAGCUACUAUAGUGGAGAUAAUACACAGGUUAUUUCAACAAUAUGUAAUAUAAGUGACAAGCAAUCAAAGACAAUUGUUAUCCAUUACCACAAUAUUUAUACAUUACCCUGAUUCCUAAUUUUAGUGUGGUUUUAUCUGAAAAAGAAUACAUACAUAUAUGAUGCCUUUUAUCCUGAGGGAUCCCAGGGGGUUUUACAUUUCACCCCAUGCUAAUGUCUGAUGUGAAGCAGAUCAUUUUGUUUAUGCUGUCAUCGAUUAAUAUUACUAUAUGCAAUGAACUAAGCAUAGUAAAAUACUACUUGAGGUUAUAAUGCCUCUUGAGAUUAUAAUGCUAAGUGCACUAUAGGUUUUUUCCCUGAUAAGCCGCUGGUCAGUAGCUGACAUGAUGGUAUGCAUGGUGGUUUGAAAACUGAUAGGUAAAGGUUUUGCUUACUAGAGUUUUGAGUUGCUGAUUAAUGAUUGAUAUCCAGGUCAAUUAAGUUUACAAAAAUAUCAUAGCAAGUCAGAUUCUACGCUCUACCAAAUGUCUUCAGAGAAAGCAAAUUCAUUUUACCUCAGUUGACGAUAAACACACAUUAAUAAAUAUUUUUCCCUGUCUGGUCCGAUGGCCUGAAAGAUCCUCCAUCUGAGAGAAACUAAUGUCAUUUAUCGCCCUAACACUGGCAGAUUACAAAGAGAGAUUGAAAGCUCAUAGAAAACAGACCAUCUUUCAAACAUCAAUCUAGUGUUCAGAAAGGCAACAAGGGAUAGGGAUUGUAAAGCAAAGGAAAUCAGAGAAUAAAGCUGUGAAGAAAUGCCUUAAAGCCUCUGCUGGACUGAGUACCAUAGCUACUCUCCAUUCAGUGACUCAAGGAAGGGAGGAGAAGCCUUUGCUAUACAUUUUACGGGAGAGGAGAGGAAGCCCAAACUGGUGCCUGGGGGUCCCUCUGCCAGAAAAAGAAAGGGCUUUUUUAAGCAUUAGCAAACAUAUACACUAUGUAAACAGUACAGCCCCGAAGAGAGUACAUUUCAUUUGUGUCUGACAACUUACAAAUCUUGUGGAAAAAACAGUUAUAUAUUUAAAGUGAACAUGAGUUUUAGCAGUAGAUUUUCAGUAUGGCUGAAGCUUUAUGUUUGUGGGUAUAAUUUGCAAAAUUGACACCUGCGUUUUUUAUGGGUGCAAAGGGAAGCCAGAUUUGGGAAACGUAGGCCUUAAUAUCUUCUCUCUCUAAAAAUUCAAGUAUAAGAUCUUUGUGGGUCUUUCCUUCAAAAAAAGAAGCCACUUUUUAAAAAACACCUUCCUUUGUAAAGUUCCCCAGAUUAUACUAGGAACACCUUAAAGUAAAGCACUGGGGUAAAACGGAGUUACCAACCCAUUAUUUGUUUUACUCAGGUCUGUAACUGCCUGAAUAUUCAUAAAGCACUAACUACACUCCUUAUGUCCUAUUCCACCACAUACUGAGCUCAGUGUAACGGCUUGGAAAGAUCCUCUUUGAAAUAGUCCCUUCUUUGGUAGUUCCAAAAUACUGAGCAGAGAGAUUAUAACAGAACUAUGUACUUGAAAAGGUUUACCAGUCUGAAGCCAGAUCCUCGCUAGUAUUAACUUGUGUAGCUUAGUUGAAGUCAAUGGAGUUACGCCAAUAUAUACCAACCGCCAAUAUGGCCCCUGAUUUUACAGAAUAAGAGAUAUACUGUACACGUUUACACAGGUUCAUUUGUAAAAUGCAAUUUAUUAUACAACUUUUGUGCAAAAGGCACUGUUCAUAACUUUUCCAGGAUGUAACAAUUCUUAUGUAUUGUAGGAUAUUGCAUUAUUCUUUAAACUGUGAAUAAAAUAUAUCAUAGAA